UAUGAUGUAAAAUGUUCGUUCAUGAGCGACUCACUCAAAACGUAAACAACUCGCACAGCUUGUAAAAUGAAUUGCGUAUGACUCUUGAGGACAAUAGAUUUGUGAAAUUAAAGAUCAAACGAGUUAUUAAAAUCAAUGGAUGACGACCAGUUUGAUGAUGAACCGUAUCCUUUUCAAAUUCAACCUUCUGUCCCUCCUGCUCGAACUGGACAUGUCGCUGUAUCAUUUGAAAAAUACAUGUUAGUUUGGGGAGGUUAUACAGAGAAUCCAGAGCUUUUAACAAAUACUUAUUUUAGUGGUGCAGAGAUAUGGAUAUACAGUUGUGUUUCAGAAAAAUGGUACCUAAAACCUUGUCUCUCAUACCAGUACCCACCUGGCAUGUCUGGCUCUGCCGCUGUUGUUAUUGAUGAUUGCCUUUACAUAUUUGGAGGCUAUGGUUAUGAUGGAGAAGGAUGUACAAAUAAAUUAUAUAGGCUAGAUUUAGAAACGUUCUUUUGGGAGCAGUUGAAGCCGGAGGGGUCAUUACCUACCCCUGUUGACAAAAUGGCUGGUUGGGAAUAUAAUAGGAAAUUUUAUAUAUUUGGAGGUUUCGGGGAUCCAGCAUCACACGAAUUCCAAUUUGUGUUCUAUCAUUUAUUAUAUAGAGGAUGGACUAACCAGUUUUUUGAAUAUGAUCCAAAAACAAAUAGAUGGACCAGUCCAAAAUGUACUGGUGAACUUCCAUGUGCACGUGCUGCUCAUGCUGCUACAGUUAUGAAAGAUAAAGUGUAUGUGUUUGGUGGUAGACAUGAUGCACAUAGAUUGAAUGACUUACAUUGUUUAGAUAUGACAACAAUGCGCUGGAGUGGAGAAUUAUCAAUUAAAGGCCCUGUUCCCCAAGGCAGGUCUUGGCACAGUUUAACUGCAUUAGCUCAUGGGUAUUUAAUAUUAUAUGGAGGUUUUAGUCAAAAUAAUGUAGCUUUAAGUGAUUGCUGGAUGUUUGACACACAUGCACAAAUCUGGCAGCCAAUAGAUCUACCAUUUAAAAAGCCUCGUUUAUGGCAUUGUGCUGUACUCAGUGUAUAUAAUGAAGUAUUAAUUUAUGGAGGGUGUUCAUCAAAUAUUUUAGAUGUAGACAGAACACCUGAACAAGCAAAAGACCUAAUUGUCAUCAGUAUAAUUCCAAAAUCUCUCUUUAGGUUGUGUGUAGAUACUAUUUUAGCAACACCUAGAAGUUAUUCAUUGUGGACUAUUCUGCCUCAUAAAAUACAACUACUUUUAAAUUUGAAGCAAGGCAGUAGGCCAUCAGGAAACAUGAUUGGUUCCUGAAACUUUUCAUCUUUUGGAAGUGUAGUGCUUUCUUUCUCUGAUAACUGAAAUGGAAAAUAACAGUUUUGUUAUCAAGUUUAUUAAUUGUUGUGAAAGAAAUAAGUACUUGGGGGUAAUAAUAAGCAAUACUUGAAGUGUUAAAAGUACUCUUCAGUCCUGAAAAUAUUACGUAAUUAUAAAAAAGAAAAUUUAGUAUUAUUUUUUUUAAGAAAAAAUUUCAGUCUAAAUUUAAUUUAAAUUAAGUUUUUUUCUAAAAAAACUUAAUUUAAAUUUAAUUAUUUAAGUUUGCCUAAUUACAAGAACGAAAUUGAUUGGUAAAGUAGUUUUCAGGCAUAUUUAGUCUAAAUUUGCUUUUAAAAUAAGUUGUUUUACUAGAAAAACGAAACGCCAAAGUGGUACUUGCUGUGAUAAUUUCUUUAUUUUUCAUUAUGCCAGUUAUUAAAGUCAAAAUUUAAAUUCAAAAUAAAAUAUUUUAUUGUGUCAAAAAGCCAAAAGUUAUAACUGUAAAAGCUGUGAUAAUAGUAUUCAUUGUUUAAGUUAUUCUUGAUUUAAUUUUAAAAUAGAUUUUUAUAUAUGGCAGCCAAAUGCUGUGGCUCAGCAAAUUAUGUUACUUUAUUACUGCAUUUCUCAUUAUUUAGUUUAACAUUGGUUUGCCUAAAAGUGACUAAUUUAAAAAACAGUGUAACAACAGAACAGGAAAGAAUUAGAGAAUUUAAUUAAAACACCCAAAAAUCUCCAAAAAAGCAAUUAUUUUGUGGCACCUACAAGUUUUUUCCUUCCAAAAAAAUUUGUAUGAAUUCUGCAAUAUACUUUCUAUUGCUCAAUUUUGGUUAAAUUUAUAUUGAUAAAUAGAUAUCUACUGAUGUGCCUUGUUACUGCAUUUAUAUAAAAAUCUUAUCUGUUAAUCUUAAUUAUUUUUUUGCUUUAAAGUUUGCUUAAGAUUUUAUUAGAAAAUAGUAUACUACUAAAAUAAAAACUUUUUUUUUUCAGUAUUUCAUAAGUAAUUGGGGAGGGACUCUCAUAACAAAUGCUUCCCACAGAAGUUUAUUUUCACCUUUAGUAGUUAAUAAGGUGUUUUAUGAUGUAUUUAAGUGCAUGAAUAAGACAUAAUUAAUAACAAUUCAUGAUAAAAUUCAUGCCACGAACUUCAAAAGUCAGGUAAAAAAAAAAAUUCUGGCGUAUACCUUAAAUGGUCAAUAUAAAAGAAAAAUUAAAGGAUAUAGCAAUGUGCAAGUUACAAAAUCAAAUAAAACCCAGAAAAUUCCUUUUUUCAGAUCUUAAAAUUAAUGAUUCUUUACAAAAGAUGGCAUUGCUGCCUGGAAAAUCUAUAAAACAGUGCUUUUUGCAUCAUAAAAUAACUUGAACUGCCAUGUGUUUCUUUUGUUCUCAGAUAAUGGCACUCAGUUGGUGCUAAUGGUGGUUAUUUGUAAUUGUUUUUUUACAGCUUUUCUUUAUUGGCAGCUUUAUCUGUUAACAAACUAAGUAACAAAUCUAAAAACUCAGAACUCAUUGAAAUAAAAUAUCUAGUUUCCUAAGCAGAAAAUCAUACAUUUAUACCCUUUUUUUUCCUCUAAAUUUUCGAAUAUUUAAUUCUGAGAAAAAUCAAUGUUUGUUUUUCAAUUUAGUUUGCAAUAAUGUUUGUUUUUGCAAUAUACCAAAUAUCUAUUGUAAAUAUAUUACUGUUAUUAUGUUUCUUUAAUUUAUUUACCUUCGACAAAGAAAGUUUAUAUAUUAUAAUAAGUGUAUUGAAAUUGAGCUAUAUAAAUUUAUAUUACAACAAGAUAAAAAUUUUGUUGCAUUUAUAUCAAAAUAAUUGUUUGUUUUUUUUAACUAAUAAGUGCAUGAGAGAUAAAGUGAAACCUCUGGAGAGCGACCACUCUCCAUUCCACAGUAAAAUGGUCUAUGAUGGAUAUUAGUCAUUCUUAGAGCUUGCCUCUAUUGACUUCAAAAUUGUUAUCAAAGAUUCAUGACUUUUCACAUACGAUUUUAUUUCUACUCAGUAUCAUUUUAGUGAUGCGGAAAUGCCACUUCUGUUGUCAUCAUGAAAAGACGAAUCUAUGAAUGAAAUUUAGCGUCUAUCAAAAUGAUAUCAACUAAUAUAAUUAUGGGUAAAAAUAUUAAUGUCCAAUAAUUAAUGAGAAAGGUAUUUUAUAUAAAUAAAAAAAUUUUUUUUUUUUUGUUUAAGUUUGCAUUUAAUUUUAUAUCAUGAAAAUUAGUUUGCUUUAAGAGAUGAGAAGAAGUUUGUUUGAGAUGCUUGUUUUUUCUAAAAUAACUUUUUUUCUUAUUUGACUUUUAACUCUAAAAGUAAAGCAUCGUCUUUAGUGCACUCUGAUUGCAACAUGAGGUUGUAUCGGCAAAAGGAGCUCUCUAAAUUUGAGUCUCACACAAAUAUUCUGAAUAGAUUUUAAUCUACUCAUUUGUUUUGUUAAAUUUUUUGUUUUUGUAUUUUUUGUGUUUCCUUAUUUGACCUUUUCCGCAUUUGGUGCAGAUGUUUGCCUGGUCGCUGGGACAGGUUUUAAUGGUCUUUCCUGAAGGUUUUCUUUAAUACAAAGUCCAUGGAAAAAAUUCAAUACCUCCCAAAAAUGGUCACUUCAUCAGAGGUGGUCUUUCCUGGAAGUUUCACUGUACUUUAUUGCACUUUAUUACUUUAUUUUACCUUUUAAUGUAUACAUUUUUUAUUUAUUGAGCUAAAUGCUGCCCAUACUAUUAUUAUACUUCAAUAAAUUAAAUUGACCAGUUAUUUACAUCCUUUUAAAAUUUUGUUUAGUCUCUUUAAUAUUGUUUUUACUCAUAUCUCAACUAACUGUUUUUUUCACUUUUUUUUUUUUGUUAUCAUAU